AUGUCGAUACAGCCCAUCAUCACCUUCAAGGCCGGGCUCUGUGAGCUUCAGUCUGGCUCGACGCCGGCCAGAGUAAAACCCCUCCCGACACCCGGCUAUCUCUACCUCUACGCCGAAGAUGAGCUGCUGCACUUGUGCUGGCGGCCACGGACCGCACCCUUGGACAGCCCGGAGCUGGACCUUUUGAUGCUUCCCACCGACGGCACCUUCACCCCGUACCACCCCAAGAGCUCAGAGACACCGGACACGUCCAGACAAGUGACGAACGGUAGAAUAUACGUCCUCAAGUUCUCCUCGAGCUCGCAGAGAUACCUGUUCUGGCUUCAGUCCCGCAGCCAACAUCCUCAGGGUGAUCCUGCCUGGUUCAGUGCUCGAGAUCUCAAGUUGGGUCAGAUUGUGGACAAUCUUUUGCAAGGAGAAGACGUCGACGUUCAACAGCAGAUGGCAGAGCUACCAGGAGACCAGCGCGGGCCGGAUGACGACGACGACGAGCCGAUGGAAGACGUGGAGGGUACGAAUCACGACGUCAACCGAAGACCGUCUCAGAGCGGUCCUGGUGCGGGCCCAGGUGCGACGGGUGGCGACUUUCGCGAGGAGGGCGAAGAGUCCAGAGAGGGCGGUGCCGACGGCGGACGAGCGGCUGCCGAAAGGGAAAUGCAGAGCAUCAUUCAGCAGUUUGCGCGGAGGUCCGGGGCAAUUGGUGCCGCGUCUCAACCUGCCAAUCCCGUGUUCACAACGCUGCCCGAUUUAUUGACCCCAGCGUCGACUAUACCGUGGAUAGACUCCGCAGACAGCGACACUGUUGACCGGUUACUUCAGUAUCUUCCCCCAGCAUUGGUGACCUUGGCACAGCAGGCGGACGAUGCGUCGGCCCUGAACACAGAUCACACGUCGGUGGAAGCGGCGGAACAGGCCCUUAGCCUGGGUCAGAAAAAGGACAUUUUGCGGCGAGUUUUACGGUCUCCUCAGUUCACUCAAAGCUUGGCCAGCCUCACCAUUGCCUUGAAGGACGGUGGUCUGCCUAGUAUUAGUGAAGCCUUGAACAUCCCUGUUGCUCACGGUGGCUACAUGAGACGAGGCGGGGUGCCACUGGGCGGCGCCGAAGCUGUCAAAGCUUUUGUCGAGGGCGUCAAGAGCAUGGUGACAAAGAGAGAGGACGAGGAUUUGAUGGAGACGGAGUAG